AGUUAUCUGUCAUAUCAAUUACAAACAUUAAAUUUUUGUGCUGCUUUUUAUUAUUAAUUCGUGGAAUUUGAGGAAAUCACCGCUUCCAAAUAUUUCGUCACGCGAAAUGUGAACACCUAAUUAAACACUGCAUUUGUAUAGUCCCGCCAAACAGUUUCAACAGUUCUGCUCAUUCGUUCUAUCGUAAAUAUGUCUUCGUUUGUAGACCACAGAAACAAUAGUGUAGUGAGUGUAGAUGAGGCUACAACAAAAGAUGGUGUUACGUACUACACAAUCAACGUCGGAGUGGGUCCCGUCAACUGGAACGUUUUGCACCGCUACAGUGACUUUUUGGAACUCCAUGAAUAUCUGGUGUCAAACCAUGGGGUGGCAAAAGAAUUGCUACCACCCAAAAAAGUUAUCAGAAACAAAACUCCCAAAUUCGUAGAGCAAAGGCGCGAAGCUCUCAAUGUGUAUCUCAAGAACAUCUUCAAUUAUUUAAGGCUGUCUAUGCCUUAUGAAUUUGCUCAUUUUUUACAUUUUCAUUUGUAUGAUAUAUACUUUUUACUGCAAGAGUUAGCCAAGACAUUAUAUUUAGAAGGUGAUAAAUUCUUAGAAAAUGAAAAGUCACACAAAUUUACUCCACUGGAGCUUCAUGCAAUAACUCAGCGAUUAAAAGCUGCCUGUCCACCUACAGAGAAAGUGGACCAAAUGUAUGACUUUAGUCACAUAUUGGACUAUUGUUCACACCUUCAUUCAGUGAGUGUGGAAGGAAAUUAUGAGAAAUAUGGAACAAGCAAUAUCAUACCUAACAAUUUAAAGUUUAGUCUUGUGCCAUUUAAGUCUCUAGUGGAUUUAAAGAUAUUAGGAGUACCUAUGGAAUGCAUAGAGAGUGUUGGUACUCUUCGCAAUACACUAAUGAGCUUGUCUAUAUUAAUGGCUAAUGUGGUGUCACUCAAUGAGUUUCUACUUGUAGAUAUUCUACACAAGGACCCAUCAAGUAUUGCAGAUACUGUUAAAUGGAAAAAGCUGACAAAAGUGAACUUCGCCAGCAACAACAUACAUCAAGUCGAUUGGGCGAUCAAAUUGGUACCAAAAUUACAAGUACUCAAUUUCUCUUCCAACAGACUAACGGAACUCUGUGAUAUAUCAAGCCUGCACGAAUUAAGAAUACUUAAUCUAUCCAUGAACAAGUUCUCAGCGUGUGAGAACUGGCAUGCCAAAAUUGGUAACAUCGUCAAAAUUGAUUUAUCACAGAACCAAGUUGUCUCUCUGCAAGGUUUCUCACGGUUAUAUUCCCUAGAAAGCCUAGAUUUAAGCUGCAACCUCGUUACUGAUGUUGAAGAGGUCCAACAUAUAUGUAAAUUGCCUUGUUUAGAAUAUCUCUGGCUAACUGCCAACCCUGUUGCCUCUACCAUAGACUAUAGAGUGAAAGUAAUAGAGCAGUUCAAUGCUAGAAUGGGAGAGUUAUGUCUAGAUAAUGAAAAAGCAUCUCAAAAGGAAUUAGAUACGGCGAGGGUGCUGCAAGCAUUAAGGAUAGUUAAGGAAGGUAAAAUACCCAGUUUCCUCGAGAAUAACAACACGAGUCAUAGCUUUCACAAGAGUUGACAAUGAGGUUGAGCGAUCAUUUUUAUUUCUAAUUAGACAUCUGACAAUAUGUGCUUUAAUUGAAGGGACUAAUCUAUCUAUUGAUAGUUAAUAAGAUCUAAGGACCCAUUUUAUUAUUCCUAUUAAGCACGCAAUUAUAUAUUAGAAUUAUAACAACGUAAUACAUAUAAUUUAAUAAAAAAAAGAGCAUGUAAAGCAGUUUGAAAUAUUUAAAUACAGUAAACCUAUUUCUGAAAUUUAAACAAUUUUGAAUCUUCAUGCUAGAUAGAUGUGAAUGUUUCAAGGAUAUUUUUUGUUUUCUCAAACUGUUCUCUUCCUUUAUAUUUUUUUUUUAUCUUUAUUUAUUUAGGGACUUUUGUCCUUUUAGGCACGUCAGUUCCAUCAUACCUUAAUUAGGACAUCAUUCGAUAUAUUUUAACAAUCAAAAGAUACCACCCACAAAAUCAAAUAACAUGAACGAAAGGAAUGUCGUGGAACAAUUAUAUUAUUUACAUAGGUGGAAGAGAGAGAGAGAAAACCUAAUAACUUAUGGUCAGAUGUUAUAUUAAAAUUACAUGCUACAUUAAAACCUUCAUCCAACUGUAUCAUACACCGGGGGGAAAGGAAUUGUUAGCAACGGAGUUUGACAGCCCCAUUGUUAGCAAUAUGCCUUAUUAGGUUGGCCUCCACGUAGUUCCCCCUAGAAACCAUUGUGAACAAUUCUUGUUGAAUUCGUCACGAUAGGCUAACUGACCUACUUCAUCCUCACCUAUCAUCCUUCACUGGUGCCCCGCCGAUGUAUACCGAUAGCGCGGGUGGGGUUGCCAUUCCAUUAUCAUCCAUUAAAAAAAAAACAUAUCAUACACCAGGCUCGCGUCGUCAGACGAGGGGUCUGCUAGAAUGGCAUGAAACAUUCCUAUAUUAUCUUUAUUAAUCCGUAACUUAUUAAUCACUUCUUUCCUCUCGUGGUUGUUCUUGGCGCAUUCCAUCAGGACGUGUUGAAUAUCAUGUGAUUGUUGACACCUAAUGUUCCUACCAAUACUCUAUCUAACUCUGUAUGUGUUCGUAAAUUAAAAAUCGAAAAUGUAAAAAAAAAUCUGAACAUUAAUAUAACAAUCUGAAAUUUUACUAGUUUUUAAAACAAAACUAGUCAUUAACGUACCUAGAAACAGUUUCUUCCUUACGUUAAAGAAUAAUUUAUGUUUUAACUCGAAUAUAAUUUGAUUACGGUAUAAUAAAUAAAAUGACAUGUAGCAUAUGUUGUUGACUCUUUUUAGAAGUACAUAUUGGAAGUAAGAUAGAUGUAAAUCACUUUGGUCCUGUCAUGUUGUACCAAACAUAAAAUGGUAUUUAUAAUAAUUGUAUUAGCUUCGUUAUAAUUUGCUUACAUUUGAGAACAAUAAUAAUUUUGUAUACGACUUUCAAUUGUUGUUAAUUAUAAUAUAUAAAUGCAUGUUUAUUUAUAUAUUAAAAUAGUUGAGUUGAAAAUGUUAAGUUGAAUCAUUUAGUUUGAUUACAAAAAAAUCGUUCUAUGUAACAAUGCAGCCAAUUUAGAAGUGCUAAUUUCUAUUUCCUUUUUUUUUUUGGCCAGACACAGUAUGGACGGUAUCUCAAAAAUUUGAGAAAUAUUAUUUAAAAACAUUAAUUUUAUAGAUUGCUUUAGAUCGAUUUUGAAGUGCACUUCUAUAAACCAAUCUCUACAAUAAAAAUUUUAAUAUGUAGUUUUAGCGUCCGUAUAGACACUGGACGCGAGUGUUCUAUGGCGUUACAUUGACUUUUAUGACCAAUCUUCCGCGCAAUGUGAUCAGUACGGGGGUUAUUUACUUGUUAUUAUUAUUUUUAAUUUUUAUUUUCUUUGACCAAAUGUGAUAAUUAAAUGGUGAUGGUUAAUAUAAUUUAAUUGCAAAUAAAUGGUGUCUAUAUAUAUAUAUAAGAAAUAAUAAUGUAUGUUCAAUUGAAAAAAAUCUUUAUGUAUAUUAUUAUGGUAGAUAUAAUUGUCAAGACAUUUUCUUAUUCUGUUCCUAAAAAUAUUGUGGUUAAUUUAUCUUGUGAGUUAAACAAAGAAUUCUCAUGUUGUGAUUUGCAAUAAAAUAAAAUAAAGAAUUAUAUAAAAAAAAAAAAAAAAA